AUGGCACAAACAAACAACAAAAGCAACUUUCUCAAUACCCUAACGCUUGAAGAUGAAGAAGACGACUUAGUCAUACUCCCUCACGUUGACAAUUCGGAGUUAAUCGCGCGUCACAACCUCAGCCUAGUUGGUAGGCUCUUUAACAAAGAGAGACGAGGUGUGGAAGCUCUCAUUGCUCUCCUCCCGAGACCCAGCAUUUGGGAUGUCGAAGGUAGAGCCAGAGGAAUGGACCUAGGCAACCACAUGUUUCAGUUCGACUUUGACUCGGAAGAGGACCUUCAGAAGGUUCUAAGCAAGCGCCCUUGUCAUUUCAACAAGUGGUCCUUUGCUUUGGAGCGAUGGAUUCCACAUAUUGGAGACUCCUUCCCUAACAAGAUGACGUUUUGGGUCAGUGUUACUGGCAUCCCGACGCACUUUUGGCUUGACCCGAUCUUCCAAGCUUUGGGGAAGAGACUUGGAUUGGUAGGGAAAGUGGAAGCAAAAGCUGCGAAAUUCGAGCUUGAACUGGAUGCACAGCGUCCCCUUAAGUUCAAACUCCGAGCUCAAGUACCCUCGGGAGAAAUUGUUCCGGUCACUUUGGAGUACUCAAACCUCCAUAGAUGGUGCCACCACUGCCGCCUUUUGUCACAUGAAGUUGACACAUGCCCCCUCUUGACCGAUGAACAGAAAAAUCUGCUUGCAAAAGAGAAUGAAGCUUCACGAGAGCAGGGACCAUACCCUAGAAUGGAGACUACUAGAAACCCUGAAACAUCAAAAAGAACAAACCUACCUACAACUAAGGCUCCUCUUCAACAGGAGCGAAGGCAGGGAUACCGCUCCCAAAGAGACAACAGGGAUAGCGUGUGGCAUCGCAUGGACUCCCGUCAUGCUCCAAGAGAGGAUCACCGCCGUGACCAGCGUCAAGCUCCCCGUGAUGCUCCCCGUGAUGCUCCCCGCGAUGCUCCUCGUGAGUUUUCUCGUGAAGCUCCUCGUAAUGCUCCUCGUGAGGCACCUCGUGAUAUAGGAAACAUGUCACACCAACAAGAAACCUACAACAAAAGAAGAUAUGAGGAAUCUUAUGCUUCAAGUAGACAAAGAGAAGAGGAGAAGAAAGCAAAUAGUAAACAACAAUCUUCACGGCAAAAUGAUGGAAAAGAUCAGUUACCUAUGGUCUCUCGUGCCAAACAACCUGCUCGCCCCCAGCCUCCCCUCACUGAUACAAUAGAGAAACCUCAAGAAGAAGGCAGCAGAACUCUCUCUCCUGAACAUGUAAGAGAAAGACCUUUCAAGUUGAACCUCCACACUUCAUCUACAAAGGAUCAAAAGCUAAAAGGAAAAGUAAGUGAUCUGGAGAUCACAUCUGAAGAAGGAAGCUCCGUCAAGAAAAGCCUGAAGUUUGACAUUGAGAAGGCAGCCCCCUUAACAAACCCGCAAGCUACUCCACCGAUUGUCCCUUCGGUCAAAGCCACUGCUAUGAAAAAGAGUUGGUAUGAGCAGACUCUAGAAGAGGAAGAGGAAGAGAUAAUGAACCAAGAGACGGUCAGGAAACCUACCUCGUCUUCGGAGAAGGCGAUGGAGGAAGUAAUCGAUCCAAAUGCAGAGAAGAUCCUCGAGGAGGAAGACUGGAUGGUAGAUGACGAAAACUAUGAUGGCGACGACCUAAUGGAGGAUGACGAUCUGCUAGUCGACGAUUUGGACCAGGAGGAGAUGUCCUUAGCUCCUGUCAAUCCACUCGCAACGGACGCCCUAAGGAGCUUAGAAGACAGCAACAAAGCGGAAAAGAUCUCGAGCCCUCUAGCCCCUCCGGAAUGCCGAUUGGACCCUCUCCUUGCCCUGACGCCAUCAUCCAGAACGUGA